AUGGCUGGGAGCAGCUACUUCGCCAAGCGUUUGUGGGCACUGUGGCCCAGCUCACGGCUGGUGAACCUGGUCCUCAUGUAUCAGGACGGAUCUGUCUACACACGACGUACCACCGUGCCUCCUACGGCAGUCAACACAGUCUUGAAGCCACUUCAUGAAGAACUCGGACAUGCGGACCAGAAAAAAUUAGCCGAAGUUGCCAAACAACACUUCUGGUGGAUGCACAUGAGGCGUGAUGUGGCCCUUCUCUGCAAUUAA